AUGGAUAUAAAGCGUAGAUUCUUCUUUAUUCUUGCAGUCUGCACAGAACUCUCUUUCUCCUCUGUCGUAAUCACACCAAGCACAGAAGAGUACGCAGUGGUGCCUCUUACAGUCCUUGAGGACAGCAAGAAUGCCUGCCAAAUUGUCCCCAUGAAGAUCGACAGAAAGUGGCUGGGAAUGGUAAAAAAAGGAGGCGGGUGUUCUACGCUCUCCAAAUACAGCAACCUCAAGGAAAUGGGUGCUUCUGGGAUGCUCAUCCUUGAUAGAACCAAUAUGGAAUACACUUCCACCGAUCUAUUCCAUGUGAUUCCAAUUGACCCAUCAACAUACGAUAGACUUGUCUCUAUGUACAAAAAAAGUGCAAAUUUCCCCACAGUAAAAAUAACCAAUAGAGUAAGAGGGUCCCUGCCAAUUGUCCAAAUACUUUACAUUCUCUUUCUGAUUCUAAUGAUAUUCGUGUUCCCUAGCCUAUUUGAAAGACUGGAUGAGCCACAGAUUAAACUAGUGCGCCCAAAGGACCUAUCAACUGUGCUCUUACAGAAGUACGAAAACAUCAAUGCGUCUGAUCGAAAGUACGAAGAGUGUCCUAUUUGCUUCGAAAAAUUUAUGGACUCAGAAUUCAUUCGUACACUCCAGUGCUCCCACUACUACCACUGCAAUUGCAUUGAUCCAUGGCUUCUAAGUAGAAGCUGCAGAUGCCCAGUCUGCAACCACGAACUAUCUUUCACAUAA